ACCAGGGGAACGAGAGCCUGAGAAGUACUGCCUAUGUGCUCUGCUGCUGCUGCUGCUCAGCGAAAUGAACACCGGAGAUACAGCGUUACUUUUGUAAUCCACAGACAAACAGUCAAGCUUGCAACAGCAUCGCAAAUGAAGGAAGUAAUGUAGAGUCAUAUCAACGCAAUCGGCUUCACCGCCCAUUCACUCUAAGGUACGUUUUGUCAGAGCCAAAAAGUCAUAUUCUGCCAAAAUGCCAUCGCCUCAAGUCCUCCAGCCUGUUCUCAAGAUGAAAGUGGAUGAGCUUUUUCUCAACUGGUUGAGUGAUCCUGCAACACAGUCACUACUCAAAGACUAUCUUGACCUAAUCAAAAGUGGACAACCAGUUGAUCUGAGCAGUGGGGACGCCCAGGACAAAAAGUCAUUGACCUUCAAUGAGAACAACAAUGUGGCAUCCCAAAGGAACCUGGUAGAGAAGAAGCCAACACCCCUCGGUACUCCCUCUAGCCCCCCAUCUGCCAGUACCCUGCCCUCUGGCAGCAGUAGUAACACCAGAGUGACCGGACCCAAUGGCAGAGUACUACGGAGGUCUGUCAGCACCAAAAAGGCCCAGGUGAGGACGGAGGAGCCUGUCACCACAGCGCUGAGUGAAAGCAUUCCAAAGUUUUACUUCCCACAGGGCCGGCCCCAAGCCAACCUCAACAUCGACGGCCUCAUUUCCAAAAUUGAGAAAAUAUUUUCCCAAUUCCCAAAUGAAAGGGCCACCAUUGAGGACAUGGGGCAGGUCGCCAAGGCCUGUGAGUGUCCCCUCUACUGGAAAAUGCCAUUGUUCUGCUCCGCUGGAGGCGACAGGACCGGCUUCGUGUCCGUUCACAAGUUCGUGGCUAUGUGGAGAAAAACUCUGCAGACCUGUCACGACGACGCUUCUAAAUUUGUGCACCUCUUGGCCAAGCCUGGCUGUAAUUACCUGGAACAAGACGACUUUAUUCCAUUCCUGCAGGAUGUGGUGAACUCACACGCAGGCCUGGCCUUUCUGAAGGACGCACCAGAUUUUCACUCACGAUACAUCACCACGGUGAUUCAGAGGAUAUUCUACAAUGUGAACCGCUCAUGGUCUGGAAAAAUAACAUGUUCUGAGCUCAGGAAAAGUAACUUUCUUCAGAAUGUGGCGUUGCUGGAGCAGGAAGAGGACGUGAACCAGCUGACAGAGUUCUUCUCCUACGAACAUUUCUAUGUCAUCUACUGCAAGUUCUGGGAGCUGGACACUGACCACGACCUCUACAUAGACCAGAAGGACCUGGCACAGCACAAUGACCAAGCCAUCUCCCAUAAGAUGAUUGAGAGAAUAUUCUCAGGAACAGUAACAAGAGACAGAAAGGUGUACAAGGAGGGGCGACUCAGUUACGCUGAUUUUGUCUGGUUCCUCAUCUCUGAGGAGGACAAGAAGACUGACACCAGUAUAGAGUACUGGUUCCGCUGUAUGGACCUGGAUGGAGACGGCGUGCUCAGCAUGUACGAGCUGGAGUACUUCUACGAGGAUCAGUGCCAGAAGCUGGAGACCAUGGCCAUCGAGCCCCUUCCCUUCGAGGACUGCCUCUGCCAAAUGCUUGACCUCGUCAAGCCCGAGGUCGAAGGUAAGAUCACUCUGCGAGACCUUAAAAGGUGCAAGCUGUCCCACAUCUUCUUUGACACUUUCUUCAACAUCGAGAAGUACCUGGACCACGAGCAGAAGGACCCGUUCUCCGUUAUAAGGGAGAUGGAGACAGACGGCCAGGAGGUCUCAGACUGGGAGAAAUACGCCGCUGAAGAGUAUGACAUCCUCGUGGCUGAAGAGGCCGCAAACGAACAGUGCAACGACGUGAGCACCACCGAGUUCUAAAGACAGGCUGCUAACCAGAGCAGGUAAGACUUUCAGGGUACCAGCAGGGACUAAGUGUUCUCCUCCUCCUCCUCCUCCUCCUCCUCCUCCUCUUCCCUCCUACUCUCUGGGAGAGUCCAGUCCUAAACCCACUCCUAGCCUCUCCCCUCACCCUCCAAUCUGAGCAUACUGUUGACAGCAGAUAGUUGUUUUCCAGACAGCACAGUAUCAUGUGUAUGCGGCCAUGUCUUAGAGCUGGGAGUCUGUUUUUGAACCAGACACUUUCUGUUUUUAUCCUUCCUCUUCUAAGAACAAAAAGCUCUACUCCUGCAUUAUCUCUGUCCGUUCCUUCAUGUGUUGCUCCUGUUGCCUCUCCAGUUCAAUAUCUCCUGUCUGUUCAGAGGAGUACUUUGACAUUUUGGGAACUAAGCUUACGUGUUCUUGUCAAGAAUUACAGGAAAAAAACGACACCACUCUCAUACCUGCGUGAUAAAAAUGAAGCUAUCGCCAGCAGCCAGUUAGUUUAGCUUAGCUUAGCAUAAAGACUGUUAACAGGGGGAAACUGCUAGCCUGGAUCUGUCCAAUAAAAUCUGCUCAUGUAAACACAACAAGUUGGAGGUCAUGUGCCGUACUAUUUCGGCUAUUGCCAGAUGUAAUUUCCUAAAGUCUUGUUACCAUGAGGCUGCCAAGCAACCAGCUGAGGCUUUUUUUUUUACAUGUUUUGUAUGAAAGUAAACAAGAUACUAGCAUUUGAAUCAAUAAGCAUUAAAGGUGCUGUUUACCCCUGUUCCCAGUCUUUGUGCUAAGCUAACAGUUUCUGGUGGUUUCACUGUUGAAUUGAUCUUCUCUGACUCUCAGCAAGAAAGCCAAUAACUGUGUUAAUUCUGUCAAUGAAAACUUUGAUGAUUAGCAUUCAUCUGUGUCAUUUUCUCUCAGGACUAAAUUGUAAGAACAACGUUAAUUCAAAAAAUAUUGACGACGAAAUCUCUGUUUGUUCUGAACAGUAAAAAUAACACGAAAUUGGCUCUGUGUGGGUGGAAAACCUAAUUUCAAUCACAGUAGCUAUGUCAAAGCUUAAUCAUUUUCCUUUUAAACCACCUGCAUGAGUGAUUAGCUUGCCUCAUGCCAUUAACUCUGUCCCUGCUUUGUUUAUUGUUAAAUUUAGCUUACGGUAAACAUCUACUCCUUCUAAAAACUGAUUUCUUAUGACUCAAAACUAGACACGUACUCAUUCAGUGAAUAUUAAACUUGAUUCAGUAUUCAUUUUAGCUCCAUGUAAAGUGAAUAAAUGUGACGUUUGCCUGCUAAUGCUCCGCUCAUCUGCCUUGACAACAUAGUUUACACAUUUUCACAAUUGCCAAUUUAUUUUAUUUUAAAUAUUCUACUGAGUGAAACGUGACAUUGAAUUUAGUGGAAGACAUUAGUAAGUUACUAGAUAUUAGUAAUAUGAAGACUUUGUAAUUUAGAGAGCUGUAGGCAUUCAUUUUUAUGUUUAUAAAAGACAUACAGGAAAAUAGUAACACAUUAUUAGCAUAGAUGACUGAAUGGAUUUUGUGCAGCCAGAAGAAAUGUCUCUAAAACUGUCAGAGAAAAUUAUAUCUACAACACUGAAUAAAACUAAAACAGUUUCACUGACUAAAUCUUUACUAAAACAAGACAAAAAAUGACCAAAGUGUGACUUUAAACCACCAGAAAUUUCAGCAAGACCAAAACUAAAUUUAAAAUUCUUAUCAAAGUUAACACUGGAGAAUAAGUAUAUUUACCAAAUGUCAAACUAUUCCUUUAACAUGGUUAUCCUUAAGCACGUUCACCAGAGUUAGUAUUACUGUUGACUGUGUUUGAAUGACCGUAUCACUGAUCUUUC